AUGCCAACCCUACCCCUCACCCUCCACCUCUUCACCCUCGACUAUAACCGCACGCCCUCGCGCGCCCUCCGCUGUCACCCCCCUGCGACGGAUCCGCCCGCGACCACUGCCACUACCACCUUCUCGGGAUCUGUUGUCGGCUCUAUUUCCCGCCGCAAUCGUCGCUCGUUUGCUGCAUUGGCCCAAAAGACCUCCAGCGCCUUGGCGAGCCUGUCGACACUGUCCACCAUCACCAACUCUUCUACUGGCGGGAACCUCUACAACCCGGCUACCUUGCGCUCCUCCGCCUCGUCCGGCAGUCUGUCUAAGCUCGCCCGAUUGAGUACGACCGCCACUCCGUUGACCCCGCCAUCCGACGGCGAUCUCUCUGAACAAUUGCCAGAGUUCGUGCGCUCCGCCUCGCCGGAACCAAACACCCUGCAAAAGCGUCGUCUGACGCUCCAGCGCGUCCCGACCCCUCCGCACGACUUCCGCCUCUCGGGCACCGCGCCCUUUGCGCCUGCCACCAUGCAUCAGACUUCGUCGCGGUUGUUGCGCAUGACCGAAGAUGAGCGCCCAUUCACUAAGGACUUCAUGGACUUGUUCUCCACUUUGAUGGUGAGCUUGAAAUUGGACUCCCAUCGGGUCCGCUUCACUCGGUAUGACCACACUUUUACCUCGGAGGAGGCAAUCAACAACCUGGGAUCCCUCAAAUUUUCCCAAUCAAACCGCAUGCCUGACCCCAAGGACCCCUCGCGCAUCGUCACCACAACCACUACGACCACCUUCUCCAUGGCCAAGGAGAUGGCCCGCUCGGUCUGCCAGCGAUUCGUCGAUGCUCGCUUCAUCGAGCCCGUGGAUGGCAAGGCCUUGCCCAUUUUCCCGCUCAAGGGCGCGCUCUUCCAACUGACCCCGAAGGGCAUUAACAUUCUGCAACGUUUCUGCCAGCGGAAUGGCAUCACAGCGCGUCACGUGAUGGAUGUAUUGGAGUCACCGCGCAAUACCAUGCAAUUGGUCAACCUCGAGCGCGACACUGACACCGAUAAGCUGUCGCAUGACCGGGCGACCAUCGAGGUUAUCUUCCGCCGUUUUGCUGGGCAGGAUGGCCCCAAUAUCAAGAGCAGCAUCUCUACCUCUGAUUCCGACUCGUUAAGCGACUACUCCAACGGCAUCGUCGGAGUGAAGAUGGCACGCGAGCGGAAAUUGCAGGAUGGCAAGAUCUACACCAACACCUUCACAGGUAAAGGUGCAGUGGAUUGGUUGAUGGACUGCUCGACCACCAUUGAGCGCCGGGAAACGUGUUUGAUUGCCGAGCUGUUCCUCAAGUACGGCCUGAUCACCAUGAUUCAAGAUGAUAAGACGUUCCCGGACUCCAAUGCUGUCUUCCAGCCGUCCAAGUACUCCAUCUAUUGUAUCACUGAGCGAGGCCAGCGCGUGUGUGGCUGGAUUGCCCGCGACAAGACCCGUGACAACAAUACGGCUAACUACGACAACCGUGGCAUGCCCCGCGAUUCAAACAAUGCGCGUCUGUCACACAUCCUCCAAGACCCUGCUCUUCGUUUACUGUUUCGCGAGUUCCUGCGCUACUCCUUGUGCGAAGAAAAUCUGUCCUUCUACCUCGAUGUCUCGGAGUUCACUGCCAACUACCACAAGGCCGAGAAGACAGGCACCUUUAACAAGGUCGACUCGGUCCGAGAGACCUUGGCUGCUGCAUAUGGUUUGUACAACGCGUUCCUGGCUCCUGGUUCGCCCUGUGAAUUGAACAUCGACCAUGCUUUGCGCAACAGCUUGGCCAGCCGAAUGACCAAGGCUGUGGGAGAUGAUGAGUCCAUGUUUAAGAGUCUCCAGGAGGUGGUGCACCUCUUCGAGCUUGCGCAGACCUCCGUGUUCAAGCUGAUGUCAAGUGACUCCGUUCCGAAAUUUCUCCGUGACCCCAAGUAUUCCGUCGUCCUGCAGGAACACGACGUUGACAUCUUCGGUGGCUCUCGCUCCUACUCCCCGACCCCGGGUGGCCCGGAACGCAGCAUGAGCCGUUCAGCCCGGUCAUGA